AUGAAUCUCAAAGAAUAUUUUGUUAAGCAACCGAUUGAAGCUAAAGAUGAAAAAGUUGUGUGGGAACAUCAAAGAAAUGAAGUUAGAGACAUAUUAAUUGAAAAAGAACAGCUUAAUUUAGAAAAAGAAAUGAACUUUGAAGGAUAUAUAAUGUCCAGUCAAACACCUUUGUUAAUUUUUAAAAGAACUUUCAAUCUUCUUGAUUCACACGUUUUAUCAACACUUAAGAUAAAUAAAGAAGAAAACCUUAAUAUUUCGGUAGAUUUAGGUGAUUUUAUUAAAGAUGAAUUGAUAAAUAUAAUUGAUAAUAAUCUUAAAAAAAUAGAAAAGAUGAUUGAAGAAGAAAAUGAAUUUUAUAAGAAAAUUUUAAGGAUAAAACAAAAUAUUUACAUCAGUGAUAAAGCUUUAUAUGUUAAGGUAAGUAAAGGAAAUUAUGUGGAUUAUAAAGAUGAAGAUAUUGAAUGUAAAACUUUUAAAUGUACAAUUCAAGUAAAUGAUUUAAAAUUAGUUGGUACUCUCCCUACAGACAAUCUCACUUAUUUUGAUAAACUUAAAUUUAAUCAGAUGAAUGAUAAGAUUGUUGGAGAUUUUAAUUUAAAAGAUAUUAAUAUUAAAAUUGAAUAUGUGAAUCAAGAUGACAUAGACAACCCACUAAUACGUGUUUAUUUAAAAGAACUUUUAAAUGAAACUAAAAGAAAUAUAAUUAAUAGAAAGCUUAUUUUAGGGCUGUCUAUUUAUCAUCUUAAAUCAAUAACAAGAAAUUUCUAUGUUGUUAAAUUUAAUGAUGUUUUAUUAGAAGAUGGUUUACCACAAAAAUUUUAUGCAAUUGAUGGAGACAACACUUAUAAAAUCAUAAGAUUUGAUACUUUUUAUUCAAUUUCUAAAAAUGGUAAGAAAAUAAUUUAA